AAAAUGAAAGUACUAAUAAAAGCAAACUAUAGUAGUAGUGUAGUAGUACCAUUUAGCAAUAAUGUAUAUAUAAUUACUCCUUAAACGUGUCGAGUGAGUACACGUAAGUGUGAUGAAGCUAACUUUGAGGAAAGUUACAGCCGACAAGCUGCUACUGCCUCAUUAAUGUACGCAAUUAAUUUCACUGACCUUGUGUUUCUUCACAUCCAAUUUUUAUUUUAUUUAUGUAAUCUUCAUCUUUCUUACCCACCUAGUAUUAAAAACAUAAACAAACCAAUUGAAAUUUUUCGUAAAAAAGAUUUUCCCGUCAAGUUUAUUUUCAUUCCUCUUUAAGGCUCUCUAACUAGGAAUUGUAUGAUACAAUUUUAUGCGUAAUUAUUAUCGAGCUAUUGUUAAUUGUAACUGUUUAAUUUUUCUUAAAAUAUGUACAAUCGUCGGUGUUUGAUAAAAUAAACAUGUGCUUGCACACCCAAGAUUAGUGAUAGUUUUAGACUUUCACACAUGAUUAAUACUAAUUGUUUAAUCCUUAAAUCACAUAAAAAUAAAUAAGCCGUUAAGGUCAAACAUAUCAUCACUUUCCCUUGUCAUUUCCCAACUUCCCGAAACCCCCAAACAUAAACCCCAAACAUAAACUUUUCAUUUAAUCAAAUAACUAAUUAACUAAUUAAACACCCUUUAAUUUCUUCUCUCAAGUCUCCCCACUAUCUUCUUUAUAAAUAACUCACAACUCUCUGCCUUUUAAAUGCAAAAAAAAAAAGUGAAUCAAGAAAAAAAAAAUGGAACAAGAAGAUUUCUAUUUCCCUGACACCGAUCUUGAUCUCAGCUUCACAUCCACCACCACCGACCGUACAUUUGCCUCCUCGAGCGCUCGCACAAGUCUAACAUUAAGCUUCAACGACAGACUCUCCACUUCCUCCGCCGUAACAACCUCCUCCACAUCCUCUUCCACCGUCAACCACCGUCGUCACGAUCCUCACUGGUCAGCAAUCAAAUCAGCAAAACUUCUCUCCUCCGAUGGAAACAUCCACCUCCGUCACCUGAAACUUAUACGCCACCUCGGCACAGGAAACCUAGGCCGAGUCUUCCUCUGCAACCUCCGUGACUCCUCCGCAAGAUUCGCCCUAAAGGUCAUCGACCGUAACUGUCUCACGACGGAGAAGAAGCUCUCUCAGGUCGAGACGGAGGCAGAGAUCCUCUCCUUGCUAGACCACCCUUUCCUCCCUACGCUCUACGCUCGUAUAGACGAGUCUCACUACACGUGUCUCCUCAUUGAUUAUGCACCAAACGGAGACUUACAUUCCUUGUUACGCAAGCAACCUGGUAACCGUUUACCGAUUCAGCCGGUUAGAUUCUUCGCCGCCGAAGUUCUCGUCGCAUUAGAGUACCUUCACGCAAUGGGAAUCGUAUACCGCGAUCUUAAACCUGAAAACGUUUUGCUUCGUGAAGACGGUCACGUCAUGUUGUCGGAUUUUGAUCUUUGUUUUAAAUCCGACGUUGUCCCUACCUUUAAAUCUCGUCGGUACCGGAGAACUUCUUCGUCUCCGUCGCUUCGUAGGAGAAGGAGCGGUUGCUUCUCCGUUGCUGCGGAGAAAAAGUACGAGAGAGAGGAGAUCGUUUCGGAGUUUGCGGCAGAGCCUGUGACGGCGUUUUCAAGGUCUUGCGUCGGAACACAUGAGUACCUUGCACCGGAGCUAGUCGCCGGCAACGGACACGGAAGCGGAGUAGACUGGUGGGCGUUUGGAAUAUUCCUUUACGAGUUGUUGUACGGAACGACGCCGUUUAAGGGAGAGAGUAAAGAGCAAACCCUGCGCAAUAUAGUAUCGACCACUAAGUCCGCGAGUUUCCACGUGGACGUUGAUUCAGAGGAAGCUAGGGAUUUGAUUGAGAAGCUUUUGGUUAAGGACCCGAGGAAAAGGCUAGGAUGCGCCAGGGGUGCGCAAGAUAUCAAACGUCAUCCGUUUUUCGAUGGAAUCAAGUGGCCGUUGAUUAGGCAUUAUAAGCCACCGGAAGAAGUUAGAGGUCUUGUGAUAAAGAAGUCAACGAGAUCACAUGCUGGUCACGUGAUUGCCGUUUCACCAAGACGGAGGAAGUCAUUUUUGUGGAGGGCGUUGUCAUAUUUACUGCGCGGUAAAAACUCUAGUGGUGGGAGUAAAAAUCAGAGCAAUAGUAAUUACUAUCAUUAUGUGGGCAAAAGCUACGCGAGUCGCAAACGCGUUUAAGGCUGUCUCACGCUUUCUUUUUCUUAUACGAUUUUAGGGUUAAAACAACAACAAAAUAUAGAGGGCGUGUAUAUGAUGUGUGUUAGAGUAUGUAUACGGUAUAUAGGAUAUAUUCAACGAUUUUGUAUAUGGAAGUUAUACGAGUAUUGAUCUAUUUCGUCUAUAAUAUUAGCAAAGGAAUGCAAACUCAGUGAA